AUGUCCCAAGCGCAUAGCCAUUCUCCCCAUCAGCAAAACAUUCAUCAACAUGUUGAAACACUCCGAUCAUCAUCAACCACAUCAUUGAUGGCUAACCAGGAUCAAAACUCAUCCAAUGGAUCGUCCCACAGAUUCAUUCCGAACGUUGUGGAUCCUUUUCUUCCUGCUUUCUGUGCUCAAUUUUCCAUUGUGAACGAGAUGCCUCCUUUGAUGUUUAAAGAACAACCUGUUUUUAAAACAAUGGACCAGUCAAAGGAUUUGUACACUUACAAUUUACUUCAGUGCCCACAUCACAACGAAGACGUUAUGAAGUGGUUGAAUUGUGAUGAUUCAAACCUUGUUGAAGGCCUUCAUCAAAUAUUGUCAAACAACCCGAAAAGCAACGAAGAAAUCAUCCUCAACCAAAAUGGAGCCUUGCUUGACCAGAAAAAUCUUAACGCAGGAAACAAUUCAACACUUUUAAAUGCUUUACUAAAAUAUCAAGAAAACAAAGAAAAUAUCAUUAUCAACCCUGCACCUGUUUCAAUGGAAAACCAAAAGAAAAACACCUCUCAAAAGGAGCCUCCCAAAGUAACGUCCAACACUACACCAAUCAAGGUCAGACAAAAACGACCAGCCAGAAAAUACAAGAAGGUUGAAUUGAACUUUGAGGAAGAGCCUCCACUCAAAGAUGAAAAGGCUGACCAAAAGCCACAACCAACGAAAUCCGCUCAGCCCUCUUUAAAGACAGUCAUUAAAGCAGACUUGGCACCUAAAUUGGACGAUAAUGAGAACAUUAUUGGUGCUCUCGAUGAGCUGUUUGCAUGGAGCGACUUUAGAGAAAGCGAAGAUGAACUGGUCCAAGAAAAGCUUCUAAAAGACGUUGAGGUUGAGGUUGAACUAGGACAAAAGAACAAUUAUCUCAAAGAUGUUCCAACAGAGAAAUUAACCAAGUUACUGAAUGUGCUUGAGUCUCAAGUUAAAAUUGGAUUAGAAAUGUUGAAAGCAGUAACGGAAACUACAAAAGAAGAGCUUAUUAGUUCCUUAAAACAAGAUCGAGAAUCUUUAAAUAUUUCAUGUAGAUGUGCCAUCCUUGAACUCACAGUUAUGGCAGGAAAAGGCCUUUCCAAGGAAGUUCUUUUAGAAGAAUGUUUUGACACAAUUUUAGACUUUUCCAAAACUAUCUUGAGAAAGUACAUAUAUCCCAUCGUUGAAUCUGAGGAUAUACUGAAAAAGAAGUCAAACAAAAAGUUUAGUUGCAACUCUGAAAUUAUUCAUGUGUGCAAAAUUUUCAAAAGACUGGAUAAGAUGCUGCGAAAACAAAAGCUAAAAGAUGAGUUUAUUUUAACAAUUUCUGAUAUUGCUGUUUCCACAUUUUUUGUGAAUGGUAUUGACGAGAUUCAGCUGUCAUUGCUAGGAGUAAUUACAAAGAUAUUUUCUUCGUAUGCGGAACACAGAGAUCAAAUUUUAGGCGAAAUUACUGUUUCCUUAUUGAGGCUUCCUGCUCACAAGAAAACAGAUAGAAGGUUUAGAAUCGCUGAGAAUUCAACCUACAUACAAAUGUUCACUUCUCUCAUGUUGCAACUUAUUCAUUCAUGCACAGAUGUCAAAAAUAAGGAAACUUCGAUUGCACGAAAGCUUGUCUUUGGGGACGAGAAUACAGACGAAAAUACUUCAGAUAAUGAGGGAGAAGAUGAUGACAUUAUGAAAGAUGACACACCAGAGUCAGAAGAUAGCAUUCUAGAAUCUUAUGAACAAGCAGUUCGUUGUGCAACUACGUUUUCUGAAUAUUUCAUGGAGAGAUGUACAAAGUCAGAAUCUGUAGACGGUGACAACCGUUUAAUUAUUGAACAUUUUGUUGAGGAUUUAUUGGUUGUUCUGCCAUUACCAUCAUGGCCUGGAGCUGAUUUACUCUUGCAAGCUCUGGCGAAUGUAUUGUGCAACAAGUACUUGUCCCAAAAAGAUGUAGCAGACAAGUUCCGUCAGUUGGCUCUCAAAAUUUUGGGAAAGAUUGCAGCCCGUACUAAAGAAUUAGAAUUCAAAAAUUCCGAAUUUAUGAAGGAGUACAUGCUAACAAUGGGUUGUGUUGAAGACGAUGAAGCUGAGAAGAAAUCUCAAGAGGAUCAUCCUUUUACUACUCCUCAAAAACCAAAAUCAUUUACUGAAAGCCCAACCCAAAAACUACAAAAUGAGUUUAAGAACUUAUUCCAGCUAGAUGAAGUGGAUAAGAUGAAACUAUCAUUAUUUACAUAUUUGUGUACUCAAGAAAAGGGCGAGCCAAUGUUAGCCUUUGCAAAACAAUUUAUUGUAUGCCAAUGGUUUUAUGACGAGCGUGAGAUUGAAAAGAAAGCUCCUUUCUACAAGUCACUUUUGAGUAGAGACGAUUCAGACAUUUCAAACUCGAGUAUUCAAGCGUCACACGCAAAGGACUUAUACUUAAACGUCAUUUGUAACAGAACCUCAAGUGUGAUUAACAAGUUUGACUUUGUAUUUGGACAAAUUAUUUCAGAGCUCAAAGAUGAGAAAGCAAAAGUUAGAGCUGAUGCAGUUAAGGCUCUUCAGACAGUUAUCAAUAUUGAUUCAUCCGUUCUAAUGAAAAACUAUGUACAGAUGGGAAUAAGAGAGAGAACUCUUGACGAAUUUCCAAGUGUACGAGAAUGUGUCAUUGACCUUAUUGGAAAUGCCAUGAUCACGUUAAAGAGAUUUGAAGACUUUUACAUUAGGAUCAUACUUGAUAGAGUCAAAGUCGAUAAGGCUAAAAGCGUUAGAAAGAGAAGUAUAACAAUUCUUGGAGAUAUUUGUACUCAUAUCACAGAUGAUGGAACUAUUACUGAAAUUUGUAAGACCUUGGCAACGAGAUUGAGCCAUCAAAACAAAGAAGAGGAUAACAUCAAAGAACUAGUUUUGAAAACAUUCACAAAACUUUGGUUUGACAAAAACACUUCGGAAAAACUAAAAAUUAGCGGCUUGCAAAUUGUUGAUGUGAUUGGAAAGCAAAACAUUGAUUUCAAGCAAUAUAAGGAUCAUUGGCUCUAUCAAAUCAUUAAGAUGUCUUCAGAUUCGAAAGAACAUGAAAAGAUUAAAAAGUCUCUCUCCAUGAUUAUUGAGCCUCUACUGCAACAUAUUAUUAAACUUGCAGGAGAACCACUAAAUCUAGACGUCCCAAACAGAUCAAAUAUUGCAACAUGUAUGGCUGCUCUACAUCUAAUUUGUUUAGCGGAUUAUUCUUUGCUUUUACCUCACUUUAAGACUGUGUCCGUGUAUGCAAAUUCAGGAUAUCCAGGACCAGUAAUUUUCCAUGCUGUUUCAAUGAUAGAAAAGAUUUGUCCUUACAUCAAUAAGCCUGAACCAACUUAUUGCACCAAGCUACAAAAAGAACUUCUUCAAACUAUUUUUUCUUCACAAGGAAUCAAACCAGAAACAAUUGAUGCUUGUAUUGGUUGUCUUUGUGCAUUUUUGAGAAGAACCAAGAACUCUCAAGAAAUUUAUAAAAUACUUACAAGAAUUGUACAUCUCAUGGCAGUGAAUGAGACCAAUUUGCAAAAUGAUGCAACAACAGCUAGAUUGAUUUAUGCAGCAGCUUUAUUUUGCAGGUAUCAUGAUGUUGAUACAAUUACGGAUAUUCCAGAAAAUGUAAUUCAUCCAAAUCUCAAACCAGGUAGCGUUGCGACAACUAUAUAUAGUAUAAUUAUUGGAUGGAUGUCACAAGGUACUAAUUUACUAAAACAAAAAGCUGCAAGGUCUAUUGGAUUCCUUCUCAUUCGACAACCAAAGCUUUUCCUAUUGAAACAGAGCCAAAAGAUCAUAUCAGAAUGUCUUAACAGCCCAAAUAAGGAGCUUGUAAUUCAAGUGGUGCUCAUGUUUAAAGACUUUUUGUUGGCAGAAGAAUCGAAGUUGAGUGCAGCAGGCAAUCAAGAUAAUGUAGAUGCAGGUGUGACAUCAACUCUUAUGUCCAGCUACAUAGAUUCCAUCAUCGCGUUGCUGGAUGAUCCAACUGAUGUCAUCCGAUUAGCUACUUUAGAAGUUUUAGACCUCACAGUGCAACAAGGGCUGACAAUUCCUUCUAGAAUUAUGAAGUUUAUCAUUGCUAUGGAGUGCGACCCAAACAUUGAAAUUAGAGAAAAAGCUCACACUCUCAAUCUGUAUUUAUAUGACAGAUUCGCUAAGGCCUUUAUUGGUGAACAAAGACAUGGAUUUCUCUUAUCGUAUUCUCAUCUUCAAAAAAUUAAUGAGGGAACAGUGGUAGUGAGAGGUGUCUCUGCAGCUGCCUCAUCCAAUGACGAAACCCAUAGUGUCUUCAAGGGUGCAUAUUCAUUUGUAGGAGAUUUUCCAGCAGAAACCAAGAAAAAUAUCAUGUGUGAUGUGGUGAAAUCUAUUUUCAACUUGUUAGAAACAUCAGCUGACAAUCUUGCGUUACUUAACCAAGUGAGCUUUAUGAUUGAAGCAUUGACUUUUAUACAGUACAAGACACUUGCUGAAGUUGCAGGAAUGGUUUGUACCAUACAAGAAAAAUUAGAUACCAUUGGUGAUAGUUAUUGUGAAGAGUUGAAGACUCAAAUCAAGAAGGAUGACAAGAAUUUGAAAUUGAUUCAUAAGAAUAUCGCAUUAGCUACAUCUCUUUGCUUCUUAAUUCAGUUCAAGAAUACAUUGAAAAUUAGAUAUAACUUGAACAAUGCAAAGAUGGAAGAUUAUUUGACUGAUCCAAAAUCAUUCCAGAAGAAGACCAUUUCUUCUGUCAAAAAUUCAAUUCUUUUUGACUUCAAGACAACCUUACCAAAACUUCGCCAAGUACUCUCUAGUCCAGUAUUUGAAGAAGAAAGGCAGAAAGAGACAACCUGGCAAAAAAGCCUCAACAACAAAGAAAAGGCUACAAAGAGAAAAAAGAAAGAUGAAGACGAAUGGGACUCUGGUGAAGAAACUCCUGAAGAAGUUGUAUCGGAACCUGAAGAAGAAGAGCAAGCAACGAGUGAGGCGGAAGAAGAACCAGAGCAAGAGGAAGAAGUCGUUCAAGUUCGUACCAGAAGAAAAAAAGCAAAGAAAUAA